AUGUGCUGCCUAUUCGUCGUUUUGCUGUUCGUUACGUCAUGGUUGUGGCGAACUGCUUCGCUGCUGCAGCUGCCCAGCUCGUGCCCCUUUGAAAGAACCGCCGGAAUUGUCGGUCACUCUCCAAAAGAAGAUUCUCAGUGUUAUACGCUAGUGAAAUGGAGCGAAUUAAGUACGAAAACUUUCUUCGGCGCGAAGCAAUAUUGCGCCGACACGUUUCUUGACGGAAGCUUAGCAUAUUUGCACAAUUUGACCGCUCAGCUGCCUUCGCCGGACGACAUCGCUCCAUAUCUGGAUGUCAUUCGCAUCCCAACCGGUUGGAUCAUACGCAAAUUGUCACCUGUUGACAACAAGGAGGAAGGACUUCAGAGAAAUUUCGACAUAGAAACCGGUUCUCAUCUGACGAAACACGUCGUUGUAAUGUUCAGUUUUCUUGACCUGAACAUCGAUAUCGACAGCGACCUCGGUCUGUCUUACAUCGACGUCCUUCUGAUGGUUUUCAACGAAGAGACGUAUGACGUCAAAGAGAGGGAGAAAGGCACCGCCACGUCUGCAAAUGAACCGUCCGUCUUCGACUCGUCGCUUCUGGUCAGGGAAUUUGACUCACGGUCGAAAGCUGUGUACCGCAUGAAGGUGGCGGACUCUUUGAAACUGAUUCCCUCGUUUCAACGGGACUUUUUCUACUGUGUUGGCAGAAAGUACGACGGCUGCAUCGUUGACAAAGCCGACGCAGGCGUGUGCACGUAUUCGUUCGAGAGAAAGCGUUGCUACAAGUGGUACCAAUUCCGAGUAACUAAGGAGCAGGAUCGUCCACACGGCAGGUGCGAUUCGAACGGUUUCGACUAUGCAGAACCGUGCGCCUGCCAACAGGACAAAACUUGCGCCGGAUCGACCUGGCAGUCAUGGAGCCGUGUGACGGCAGUAUGUGGAAAGAGCGUGGUCAAACGGCUUAGGCCUCAGAUCGACAUGCCCAGCCAGGACUGUAGGCUUAACUCGACUGGUUGCUGCCUUCAGUCCAAGACCGUCGCUCUGAAAGACUGUCCGUGCGUGGUCAAUAAAACCAUGUGUCAAAAUCAGGCCACCUGCGUCGACCUGUCAGAAACUGCGUUCGCCUGCAACUGCACCGAGGGGUUCACUGGCGAACUGUGCGAUCAACGUAAGUUGCUAGUCGUUCUUUCAUCACGUUAA